CAUUUCUUCUCCUACGUGCCAUUGUUGACGCAAUACCACCACCACCACCACGAGGCAGCUUCUGCAGUCACUCAACACUCAAGGAGUUAUGAGUACGGUGGUUGCUGAUGCAACAGUUCCUCCGAUGACAAUGGCGACUGCAGCGGAUGAGCAGCAGCAACAACAGCUAAAAAAAGGAAUAGCAGAAUUCUACGAUGAAUCUUCGGGGAUGUGGGAGAAUAUAUGGGGAGAACACAUGCAUCACGGAUUCUACGACACCGAUGCCGUCGUAGAACUCUCCGACCACCGCGCUGCUCAGAUCCGUAUGAUCGAACAAAGCCUACUUUUCGCCUCUGUUCCUGAUGAUCCAGUAAAGAAGCCGAAAACCAUAGUUGAUGUUGGGUGUGGUAUAGGAGGUAGCUCAAGGUACCUAGCAAGAAAAUAUGGAGCUGAAUGCCAUGGCAUCACCCUCAGCCCUGUUCAAGCUGAAAGGGCUCAAGCCCUAGCUGCUACCCAAGGAUUAGCUGACAAGGUUUCAUUUCAAGUUGCGGAUGCUUUGAACCAGCCUUUUCCUGAUGGAAAGUUUGACCUAGUUUGGUCAAUGGAGAGUGGAGAACACAUGCCUGACAAACUAAAGUUUGUUAGUGAGUUGGCUCGAGUGGCUGCUCCAGGAGCCACAAUUAUCAUAGUCACAUGGUGUCAUAGGGACCUUUUACCUACCGAAAAGUCCCUACGCCCAGAGGAAGAAAAAAUCUUGAACAAGAUUUGUUCAGGAUUUUUUCUUCCUGCUUGGUGUUCUACCGCUGAUUAUGUAAAAUUACUCGAAUCCAUUUCCCUUCAGGACAUCAAAGCAGAAGACUGGUCAGGAAAUGUGGCACCAUUUUGGCCAGCUGUGAUAAAAACAGCCUUGUCUUGGAAGGGCAUUACGUCAUUACUAAGGAGUGGAUGGAAGACUAUAAGAGGAGCAAUGGUAAUGCCAUCAAUGAUUGAAGGAUUUAAGAAAGAUGUAAUAAAAUUCUCCAUCAUUACAUGUAAAAAGCCUGAAUAAAAAUAGGUGUGUAAUGUACUUUUGAUUGUUGUACUUUCUUUGAUAGACUGCUUCAUUUUGGGUUCUUGUUUUAAUGUCUAAUAACUCUUUUUUCA